UGAUAAGCGCUUGCGCGAGUCUCGAGCUGAGCGCAUCUCUGAAAACGUAUAGAGAAGAUGAGGCACAACCCUCCCAGAGGGAUUGUUUAUACGUGAUGGAGGAAUAACUCAUUUGUUUGAUGAAAAUGAAUGGAAAUACACAACUCCCUUCUUCCGUUCUGUGAUUAUUAAUCAGAAUAACGGCGCGUGCUUCAAUGAGCGUGUCUUCUGAAUCGUCGUCCUACUGAAACACACACAUAGUCCUCAUUCUAUGGGGAUGAAAAUGGAGGAGAAAAGCCUUCGUGUAGCAGACUACUUUGUUGUGGCAGGACUCACCGACUCCUCUAAGCCUCUUGAUGAAUAUGUCCACCCGGAAGAUGGUGGUCACCGGAGCUCAGCACAGCUCAAGGCACCCAUCACUGAUGUGACGGUGGUGAUUCGCUCACUAGGUGAAGAGGUACCUCGAGGCUUUACCUGUGUGGAAUGCUCCCCCUCUGGACUCUCUGCCGAACUGAAUGGAGGAAGUCUCAUGGGGCCGCAGAUCUUCCUCUGCUACAGGAGAGGCAGAGACAAACCGCCACUCACAGACCUGGGCGUCCUUUAUGAGUGGAAGGAGAAAUUGAAGCCGGACUGUCAAAUAAUACAGACCACGCCCUCUGGCCGCCCCGCCAAUAUCAGUAGCUCCUCUUCUCAAAGGAUCUACAUCACAUAUCGGCGUGCCUCUGAAAAUCACUCUAACUCCACACUGGCUGUCACAGACAUCUGUGUCAUUAUUCCUGGCAAGGGAGAGACACCACCACAUGCUUUCUGCAAAGUGGACAAGAACCUCAACAGCAGUAUGUGGGGAUCCUCUGUGUACAUGUGCUACAAAAAAUCUUUGGCCAAAACCAACACACUUGCAUUCACAGCAGGUCUUUUGUCCAGAUAUCCAGAGGAGGACUACGAUUCCUUUCCUUUGCCCGAAUCCGUGCCCCUAUUUUGCCUACCGAUGGGAGUGUCCAUUGAGUGCUGGCCCUCUCAUACCAAAUACUCUCUUCCCGUCUUUUCAACAUUCGUUCUCACAGGCGCCUCUGGAGAAAAGGUUUAUGGUGCCGCCAUACAGUUUUAUGAGCCCUAUCCAGAAGAGCGUUUGACUGAGAAGCAGCGAUCUCAGCUCGGCCUGCAGGCUAACGGACUCAGGCCCGAUGGAUCCAUGACUGUCCACACCAACAAAAGCAUCUGCCUUCUCUCUCACUGGCCCUUUUUUGAUGCUUUCCGUAACUUCCUGACCUUCCUCUACAGAUACUCCAUCUCAGGUCCACACACUCUUCCCAUUGAGAAGCAUAUUUCCCAUUUCAUGCACAAGGUUCCUUUUCCUUCCUCUCAAAGGCCACGGAUCCUGGUGCAGCUGUCUCCACAUGAUAGCCUGAUGCUGAGCCAGCCUGUUUCCUCUCCGCUCCCUCUGAGUGGCGGAAGGCUCUCCACACUACUGUUGAACCUCGGCCCGAAGAAUGCAGUGACCCUGCUUGUGUUAGCUGUGACUGAACACAAGAUCCUGGUGCACUCCUUACGUCCGGCCGUUCUUACCAGCGUCACCGAGGCCCUGGUAUCGAUGAUUUUUCCCUUCCACUGGCCAUGUCCAUACAUUCCUCUCUGCCCGCUGGCCCUGGCAGAUGUGCUCAGUGCUCCAUGUCCUUUCAUCGUAGGGGUGGAUUCGCGGUACUUUGACCUCUAUGAGCCACCGACGGACAUAAGCUGUGUGGAUCUGGACACCAACACUAUAACUCAAAAAGAAGAGCGCAGAUCCCUGACCUGGAAGAUCCUGCCAAGAAAAGCCUGUAAACAUUUGAUCAACACCCUCAGCAAUCUCCACCAGCAACUGGAUGAGGGUUAUCAGCUAAGCCGUGAGGAAGGACAGAUGGAGGCCUUCAUGACCGAGCGAGAACCUGGCAGUGGUGGGAAGAGUCUGGAAACCUUGGAGCUGGAGAUCCAGGAGGCUUUUCUGCGCUUUAUGGCUGCCAUCUUGAAGGGCUACCGCUCGUACCUGUUGCCCAUCACUCAAGCUCCGUCUGAGAAAGCAACUGACGCCAGUUCACUCUUUGAUUUGCAAGGCUUUUUGAAGAGUCGUGAUCGAUCACACCAAAAGUUUUACUCCCUCAUGACCAAGACUCAGAUGUUCAUUCGUUUCAUCGAAGAGUGCUCUUUUGUCAGCGAUAAGGAUGCGAGCCUUGCUUUCUUUGAUGACUGUGUUGACAAGUUGUUCGGCACAGAGAAAGGAGGGAAGGUGGACAGCGAUAAGCCAGAGGACACAAGGCUUAUUGAACUUGACAAAUCCCACCGUAGCGAGCACACGGUCUACAUCACCCCACCAGAGCUGCCGGCACUUCCAGAGGGAGAGGAGCCACCUAUGGUUCAUAGCUACAGUGGGUUCCCUGUACUGAACACCCAACUCUGUGAGCUUCAGGAUGGUCCCAGAGUCCCCAAAGCAACAUCAGCCAUGAGACACAUCAGUCCCAUCAGCCCAGCUGCUAUUUUCAGGCGCUCCCAACAGGAGAUCAAAUCAGCCCAGAGGAUGGCUAAGACGUACUCCUCCAUCCCACAGAUGUGGUCCAAGUGUCUUCUCAGGCAUUGUCACGGUCUGUGGUUCAUCUGCUUGCCCGCGUAUGUCAGUGCCUGUCACUCUAAGGUGCGUGUGCUGCAUACUGCCUACGACGUGCUGAGAAAUAUCCAGGACAAAAAGUUGCAGCCCCCUGAUGAGGUGUGUUACCGGGUCCUGAUGCAGCUGUGUGGGCAGUAUGGACAGCCUGUUCUGGCUGUCCGGGUUCUUUUUGAGAUGAAGAAAGCCGGAGUGCAGCCUAAUGCCAUAACCUAUGGAUACUACAACAGGGCCGUUCUGGAGAGCACAUGGCCUUCCUCAACCAGAGGGGGAUACUUCCUGUGGGGAAAGUUGAGAAAUGUGGUUCGGGGUGUGGUGCUGUUCAAACAAGUAUGGAGGAGGCAGACCACCCAACAGAAAGACACCCAUCUCUCUGAUGCCAGUGAUCUCGACAGUGUCAGCCAUGGCAGUCUGGACAGCUCUAACGAUUCUGCAGAGCGAGCUUCCAUUGAUACUGACUUCACUAAAAUGGAUUCCAGUGAUGACAGAUCCAGCACAGGUGGUCAGUCUGAUCAGGGCUAUGACUCUCUGUCUAAAGAGGAGGUGAGGUUAGGAGGAGGUGAGGAGCAGAACUCAUCUCCAGACAUGAAAGAGAAGAAGGACAGAAACUCUUGCUCAAUGUCUCAGACUGUCCUUUCAAAGAUCGAGGAUUCAUCCCUUCUGGUUAGAACCCAUCCAUCUGCAACCAAUGGUGAAACCAGUCAUUUCCUUUCUGAAGCCCUCCCAAAGACAAAAAGGCCAAACUCCCUGGAUAUUUUCGGAGAAAAGCCUGUAAGGCCCAGAACACUGGAUCUAACCCCGAAUAAGAUGGUAGAAGGACUCUGUACUGAAUCUGUUGAAGCACUGAUAGAAACGGAAGCAGUGGGGGGCGUUGUGAGCCCAUCUAAAGUUGCCGUGGAGAGGACUGCUAGCUGCAUGGUUGCCAUGGAAAAGAGUGUUGCCAUGGAGAGGGAGCACAUCGGCGUGGAGAGGAGCGUGAGCUGCAGCGGCGCUCUUGGUCGAGUGGUUAAGAGGACGGGUAUUGAAGCAGGGUUUGAUCCUCUGUCCCUCAUGGUGGCUGAGACUAACGUCCACAGGGAUAAUGCGGACACCCCCACCGCCCGCCGAGACCUGGCUGAGGAGAUUCAUCACUACAUGAACAACAUGAGUAGCCCGUUAAGCCAGCGGUCUCUCAGUGUGGACCUCAAGGGGCACCAGACCCCGUCCCCACACAGCUCUCCCUGCUCCUCUCAGCUCCAACCUCAGCCACGAACACGACUCUUCUCCUCGCCUUCCCUUCCUCAGGGACGAGUGCGAAGGGUCAGGGAGCCGCGGCCCACCUCCCUGGCCUCCCCUUCCUCACCUACUCCCUCCUCUUUCUCCAUGGACUCUCUGCUCACCCCGACCCUGGACGUGUUCAAGAGCAGCUUCCUCUCUGCUGGGAAGGGCGUCGCUGAGAAAGCCAGCCGACUGUAUUCACGGCUUUCCUCCCAGACGUCCAUUGCACAGGAUUUAAACUCUGACCGGGUCAGUGUGUCUUCACUGGGGUCAGGUGACCCUGAUUGCUCCUCUCUGAUGGAGAGUGACUCCUGUGUAGAUCCUGAGGGGCUCUCUUCCCCCCAGCGUGAUGCCAUUCAGCCCGUCAUGCGUCCCAAAAGAAGCCCUUACAGGAGCGGCCACUGCCUAGAAAGCCCAUCCGCAGCACCUCGACUCUUCCGCCAGUCCUCGCUCACUGGUCCAUCACUGACUAUAACGAAAGCUCUGCAGACCUCAGACGUGUGUUCAGAUUCCAGCUUCACUCAGUCCACGCAGAAUUACGCCAUUGAAGUACGUAUGUCCAGUUGUUCACACUGUAACACCUGUGAGAGUUUGGUGUAUGAUGAAGAGAUCAUGGCUGGUUGGACAGCUGACGACUCCAACCUCAAUAGCACGUGCCCUUUUUGUGGCUCUCCAUUUCUGCCCCUGCUCAAUGUGGAAAUCAGAAACCUGGGUGACCAGGAAAGAUCCCCCUCUCAAGACACACAUACUUGCCAGACAGACACUGAAGAUGAAGUUCCACAAGUUUAUGAUGUCACUGGCAAUCUAUCCUGCAAUGGCAAAAAAGACCCGGAGCCAGUCACCGUUCCCUACCUGAGUCCUCUGGUGCUUUGGAAAGAACUGGAGAGCUUGCUGGAAAACGAGGGAGAUCAGGCCAUCUCAUCUGCAGCUAUUGUGGAUCAUCACCCCAUUGUGUUCUGGAAUCUGGUGUGGUGUUUCCGUAGGCUGGACCUGCCCAGCAGCCUGCCCGGACUCUAUCUGAGCUCCAAACACUACAGCAAAGUUGCUCAGCCUCUGCAAAGUUUUGCAUCAGAAGACAGUAAAAAUGUCUUGGUCCAGAUCCUGUGGGACAACCCCAGACUGCAUCAGGACCCCAUUCAGCCCUGCUACUUGCUCUGGAAAUCAUAUUGUGCAAAUCCUGCGGGAUCUGCCGCCCUGUGGGAGGAGGAGCAGGCUGUGAGCUUAGAGCUGCUGCAGGGGGUCGUGAAGAGCAUCCAGAGGAACGAUGUCUAUCAGCCCAUGAGUCAGAUACUGCAGAUACUGGGCACCAGAUUGGGCUUCAAAAGGCAACGGAGCUUAUAUAGAGACAUCCUGUUCCUGUCUUUAGUGGCUUUGGGCAAGAGUAGCAUAAGUAUCGAUGCCUUCGACCGUGAAUACAAAAUGGCAUAUGACCGUUUGACACCCAGCCAGGUCAAAAUGACCCACAAUUGUGACCGGCCACCCAGCGCUGGAGUCAUGGAGUGCAGGAGAACAUUUGGGCUGCCCAAUCUGUGAUUCACCUCCUCUCAUUCGUCCCUCCUUCCUCACAUCCAUCACACAGGAAGGCAUCCUAGAUGUCCAAGGCCCAUCCAAAGAAGCAACUCUUUCAUUCCUGCGAUCCUGAACAUUCAGCGUUACUAAAGCUACCUCUGGCUCCCAUGAGGACUCCUUCGAAACCGUUCCUGUCUGUCUAUGUGACUGUUGUUCUUCAUACACUUCCUGUGAAUAUGCCACCUUAUUAUGUAUAUGAUAAUUAUAUUCCCCCUUCACUUUUGCUCUGCCUAACGUCUUGACCCUCGACCCACUUUGGAAGCUUUGGGUCGUAUUCGAAUCGUCUAGCACCGCUCAGGUAAACUUGAGUUCAGAGGUCAUUGUAGAUUAGGAGCAAUAUCAUUGUGCUCAGGUCAUUCCAUCGCUCCAUCCGUUCACGUUGAGUGAAUCAUGGAGUGGAUUCGGGACCAGUAGCUGUAGAACAAUCAAACUGAUCACGUUUAGGACGCGUAGAAGCACAAUGGGCGACCCCAACAAACACAGUCCUUUCUUGGGCGUCUAGUGGAACUUGUAUAUUUCACAUGCUAAGAGACUUUUGUGUACAUAGUCUAUUAUUAUUUUGAAUAUUUGUAUUAUACAAUUAUAUUUUAAGACUGGAAUUUGUUAAUUGACAUGUCUCCAUUUGUAAAGACUGUUCGUAGUGUAUAGGUUCCUCUUUUGAGCGUGUGCUGUUUGUCGUCCUGGUCCUGGAGACCAGUCGUAUGGUGACCGUCAGUGACACUGUUGUCUUGAGGUACAGAACUGGACCAAAUAUAAACUCCUGACUCACAGUUUACAUGUUGAGAAAUAUGUUUGAUGAGAUUUUUGAACUAAGAAACGCCUUACCUUGGGGCAAAGAACAGUAUGAAGACAAGUUUCCAACAGGUUAUAAAGAGUUAAAAAAUGGACUGUUAAUAUAAAUAUGAAGUCAGCAUUUUACACACAUUCAUGUGUGCCAUGAAGGUACGUCAUUUUUUUUUUAAACAUUGCUUUAUAUUGUGCAAGGAUGCAUAAACAUGGGUCCCUGUUGUCAAGCUCCAUAAAGCAAAGUACCUGAAGCAUACAAGCACUUAUUUUUACUCGGUUAACUCUUUUCAAAUUAAAUAUGUUGUAACUGGAACUAUUAUAUUUUAAUACUUUUCAUUUUUUAGCAUAAUGUUAAUUGAAGAUGCACUUUGAGUUGUGGGGUUAAGAUUUCUCAAGUUUAAAUGCUCCUAACAAGCGCAGUGGAUUAUGGAAAAAAUAAUUAUACACAAUGACAUAUUGAUGUUAAUGCCUCAAGUGAACAAACAAACAGAUAAUACUGCCCUAAUAACUUUGUUUAUUGACCUGAUGCUGUGUAAAACUACAAAAAUGUACAAUUUAUGCUGCUGUUAAUAUUUUAGCAGUUUUUCUAUCACCUGCUUUUUACAUUCAUAUGGCAUGGUAGUGAAACGAACUGACCUAUUUCAUGACAAGCUACAGUAAUUUAAAGCAGUUAAUGUGUAAGGUGAUAUAUUACAUUGUGCUUUACAUAUCACUCCUUUUGUUACUUCUAAUUUAUAUUUGUGUAUAUCAUUAUGUCAGAUCUGAGCCAGGUCUUUAAAAUUGUUUAGAACUGUAAGUAAACACACUUAAAUCGAUUCCAGUAUGUUUUUGUUGCUGUCACUGGUUUGUUCAAUGAAAGAAAGGGGCAGAAAGUCGCAUUUGAAACGGCAUUUAAUUUUGUACUGACCCAACAAGUGAAUAUUUACAAAGAGCAACUCACAAGAGAGACAUUCGAAAAGAACAAUCAUUCCCUCUAUUCACAACUGUUUAAACAGCAGUGUGACAUUUGUAUGGAAAUACACAACUGUUUAUAUCAGUCAUCCUGAUUACAUUAGAAUUUGUAAAGAAUUCUUGUUACAUGCUUGAGAUUCUACAUUUAUGAUGGAAAAUCAUAUUUUACAUACAGCACAACAUCUGCAUUUAAAAUGCUUGCUAAUGACAAUUUUCCAUGUUACAAAAAUAAUUCCAUUGCAAAAUGAUUAAAUUACAUCAUUUACAAUAAGCUCACAAUUUCUCCCAAUGUGGUGAAUUCUG